CACCCUCACACCCCACCGCAGACCCCCCUCCACCAGCCGGCGCCACGAUGAAGUACAUCAUCGUCUCAGGCGGCGUCAUCUCCGGCAUCGGCAAGGGCGUCAUUGCUUCGUCGACGGGCCUGCUGCUCAAGAUGCUCGGCCUCAAGGUCACCGCCAUCAAGAUCGACCCCUACAUGAACAUCGACGCCGGCACCAUGGCGCCGACGGAGCACGGCGAGGUGUACGUGCUCAACGACGGCGGCGAGGCCGACCUCGACCUCGGCAACUACGAGCGCUACCUCGACGUCACCCUCGCGCGCGACAACAACAUCACCACCGGCAAGAUCUACCGCGAGGUCAUCGAGAAGGAGCGCCGCGGCGACUACCUCGGCAAGACGGUGCAGAUUGUGCCGCACCUCACGUCUGCGAUCCAGGACUGGAUCGAGCGUGUGGCCGUGCAGCCCGUCGACGAGACGGGCUCCGAGCCCGACGUGUGCAUCGUCGAGCUCGGCGGCACGGUGGGCGACAUUGAGAGCGCGCCCUUCGUCGAGGCCAUGCGCCAGUUUCAGUUCCGCGUCGGACAGGAGAACUUUGCCCUCAUCCACGUCUCUCUCGUGCCCGUCGUUGGCGGCGAGCAGAAGACGAAGCCGACGCAGGCGGCCAUCCGCGACCUGCGCGGCCUCGGUCUUGUGCCGGACAUGAUUGCUGCCCGCUGCGCCACGCCACUGGACCGCAGCGUCAUCAACAAGCUCUCCAUGUUCUGCCACGUCGGCCCGGAGCAGGUCAUGGCCGUGCACGACGUCGGCUCGACGUACCACGUGCCGCUGCUGCUCGAGCAGCAGGGCAUGGUGCACUUCUUCCAGCGCCGUCUCAAGCUCGACGUCGAGCACGGCAUUCCGCAGCCGAGCAUCCAGCGCGGCCUUGAGCUCAAGACGCAGUGGCGCGAGCUGACUGUCGGUCACGACCGGCUGUUCGACAAGGUGGAGAUCGUGCUCGUGGGCAAGUACACGUCGCUGCAGGACAGCUACAUGUCCGUCGUCAAGUCGCUCGAGCACUCUGCGAUGCGCGUGAACCGCAAGCUGGUGCUCAAGUGGGUCGAGGCGGGCGAUCUUGAGGCGGGCAUGGAGGCGGACAACCCGGUGCGCUACCACGAGGCGUGGCACUCGGUCUGCUCGGCCACGGGCAUCCUCAUUCCCGGCGGCUUUGGCAGCCGCGGCACCGAGGGCAUGAUCAGCGCCGCGGCGUGGGCACGGUCAAAACGCGUGCCGUUCCUCGGCAUCUGCCUCGGCUUCCAGGUCGCCGUCAUCGAGUACGCACGCAAUGUCUGCGGCAUCAAGGAUGCCGGCUCGUCCGAGCUCGACGCCGAGUGUGCCUCGCCCGUCGUCAUCUACAUGCCCGAGAUCAGCAAGACGCACCUUGGCGGCACGAUGCGCCUCGGCUUGCGGCCGUCGCUGUUCAGCGAAGGCAGUGAGAAGUGGAGCCGCAUCCGCAAGCUGUACGGCGGCGAGCCGGUGGUGUGGGAGCGCCACCGCCACCGCUACGAGAUCAACCCGGAGUACAUUGAGCGCAUCGAGCGCGGCGAUCCUUCGCGCUCUGCGGGUGCCACUCCGCCAAGCGGAGGCCACGCUCGGCCCGUGACGCCGCAGAACCAGACGGGCCGUUCGGGCCCGCGCAGUCUGCCCACGAGCCCCUCGCUGGGCUCCGACGCCUUCUCCUCCAUCCUGCCUCAGGCGCGCGCAGAGGGCGAGGGCUCGCGCGACACGCUGCGCUUCGUGGGGCGCUCCGAGUCGGGCGAGCGCAUGCAGAUCGCCGAGCUCGUCGAGCACCCGUACUUUGUCGGCAUGCAGGCGCACCCCGAGUUUGCCAGCCGGCCGCUGAACCCCAGUCCGCCGUUCCUCGGCUUCGUCGCCGCGGCCGUGUCGCAAGAGGCGCUGCAGGAGCAGAUGGCGCGGCAGAAGAACUUCCGGCCGCCACACCCAAAGGCGCGCAUGCUGCUGGAGAGCGAGGCGCAGCGCCUGCAGGAGCAGCAGGGCCAGACGGCGCUGCCGCAGGAGGAGAAGAGCGCACAGACGCCGCCCGGCGUUGCCACGCCCGUGCGCGGCCGCAGCCCGAAGGCGCCUGGCCCGAACGGCGUCUCCACCAAGGCCAACUAAUCCUACGCCUCUCUUGCCCCCUGCCCCUCCUUGCCCCGUCUCUCUCCCUCCUCCCCCCAUCCCCACCAUACAUAUUCUCUGCUCUGCUCGAUCAAUCGUCACUCCCGAAGCCCGUCCUGUACUUUACAUCAGCCGCCUCUCUGGCCUUGCCGCCAUCGCAAUCUCUAUUCGCUCGCAC